GUGACAAAACUCAAGCAUUUAAAAGACUUCAGUUCCAGUGUGUCCCUUGAGUUCCAGUGUUGGGACAAGUGAAUGCGAGGAUUGAAAAAAAGUAAAGACCACCCCAGUACAUAAUACCCAAACACAAAACACUCAAACACAAGACCUGUCCUCUCUCUCUCUGUCUGUCAUUCUCCUCUCAUCUCUUCGGUGGCUCAUUCUGUCGUCGGUGGCUCCUCUCCUCAUUGGACUCUCCCUUUAUAUUGAUCAUCUCUCUGACCCACCAUCUCUCCGAGCCCAGCAUCUUUUCGAGCCUUGUUGGGUCAUUCACCAUCUCUCUCUCACUGUCAGAUGGAUGCUGCGGAUGUUGAGGAUGUUGAGCUUGUGAGUCCUGGUCCCAUAGAUCGUUCAGUGUUGACACAACAACGACAACAUCGAUCAAAUGAUAUUUGGGAGGGUGAGGAUCCUGGGGCACUUGAAUGCCGUGGUCGUCCUGAGGAGAUGGCAAAAAGAGACCCGAUGGUGGAUGAUCGGGUUAUUGGUAUUAUCAAGUUACUAGGUUUAGAGGGACUCUAUAGGACCCCAUCCAGAGAGAUAGAUCAUGGUUUGAUAUCGGCCUUAGUUGAGCGAUGGCGGCCGGAGACCCAUACAUUCCACCUGCCACAUGGUGAGAUGACGAUCACCUUACAAGAUGUGGAGGUUAUUUUGGGGAUUCCUAUCGAUGGUGAGGUCUUGGUAGGGCCAACUUUGUUGGAUUGGCGCCAGGAGUGUACUGAUUUGCUUGGAUUUACUAUUCCGCUUAGCAAUACAACUGUGCUGAUGGGGCAAAGAAUUCUCAUCAAACGGCUUCUUGAACACAUUGCACUCCCAUUGUCUCCUAAUGCGCAGGAAGUUGAGGUGCAUCAGUAUGCCCGGUGCUAUAUUCUAGCGCUACUAGGGGAUACAAUUUUCAUGGACAAGUCAGGAGAUAGGGUGCAUUUGAUGUUCUUGGAGUUAUUGCGGAAUCUUCGUAAUCCGCCACAGUAUAGUUGGGGUAGUGCUUGCCUUGCAUGGUUGUAUAGAGAGUUAUGUCGAGCAAGCCAUAAAGACAGUAGACAGAUUGGUGGGGCGAUGCUCCUGGUUCAGUAUUGGGCAUGGGCUAGGUUCCCACAUUUGUGCCCGAAGAUAGUGCCCCCACCUGAGGGCGCUAAUGGCCCACCACAACCAGAUUAUCCACUCUCCAUGAAGUGGGUGUGGGUGUCAUGUACAAAAAAUAGGCCAUCAUACGUCUUUUUGGUUCAUUAUCGUGAGCGGUUAGUUAGAAUGCAAUCGGACCAGGUUAUGUGGCAGCCAUAUGAAUCGGAAUUAAGCCACCUUCCUGCCUUCUGUGUUGCGGGGAAGGAUAUGUGGAGGGCAGUUGUGCCGCUUGUGUGUUUCUACAUAGUAGAGAAACACCAACCGGAUCGUGUCCUUCGUCAGUUUGGGUUGAUGCAAGACAUUCCCGCUGAUGUUGAUACUAAUGAACGACUUCAUGGAAUAGACCUAAGGGGAAAGGUAGAUAGAAACUGGAGGGUGGUGCAUGCAGUGCAUAUCCAUCGAUGGGGUAAUCGAUACCAACUAGUAUGUCAUGCACCGGCACUAAUUGGUGAUAUUCCUCGUGAUCAUAGAUAUUUCCGUUGGUACCGUAGGAUAACUCGGAAGUACAUCGACCGCAAGAGCGCUUUAUUCGAUUAUCUGAUUGAAAAACAAUUAGAGAUGUUGCAGCGAUUCCCUGUAGGCAGUCCAGAACACAAUGACAUUUUGGUUGCCUUGAUGGCUUUGAAUGAGAUUGAACGUAUACGUGCAAAUAAUGAUUAGGCCAACAUUGGGCUUCAAACUAAAUAAGAAGAUACUGCAAGGCCAAGCAAGAGCACAACUCUUGCAAGACAUAGCCAUGGUCGGCGUGCUGCAAUCCCUCAGGUUGUCAUUGGCCCUGAGUUCCCUCCACCCACCCCACAUGCAUGUCUUGGCCCCGAGAUCCCUCCACCCACCUCCCGUGCAUCUCCUGUUCAUGUUUGUAGUUCUCCUUUUGUUUGGACAUCUUAUUUUGUGUAAGGGAAAAGAUAAUGCAGAGAACCUUAACAAACCGUACUUAAUUUUUUUUUUUUUUUUUUUUGUAAACUAAAACUAAUUUUAUUUUCGGGCGACUAAUGCGUGAAAAGGAGUUUGAUACAAGCUCUGUAGGACUCACGAAAGAUAGUGCUGAAUGGUUGGUAGAGAACACAGAUUUCAAACUUAUUGGUGAGACAUAGAUUGUGCUUUAUAUCAAUUUGGAGCUACUUGACAAUAAGAUUAUAGUGGCAUUCUAAUGUCCUUGCAAGCUGCCACGA